AGGGAACUUAGGGCUCGAUAAUUUCGGUGGCCGAAACCCUUUCUCUCCUCACCCCUCUCGUGGGACGGUGGCAGCUCGGGGGAAAACCAAAACCGCUCCUCUCCUGUUCUCUCUCGCUCGCGACGGCGGAGCUCGGGCGGAACCGAAGGCAGCUAGGGUUUCUCCUCUCCGGGGCCGACCAAAGAUCAAUCUGAGGUUCCUUUGCAGUCUCAAGAACCUCUCGUCGAGGAGAGCUCGUGGGCACGAGGAAGAGCUGAGAUCUCGAGCUCGUCGAAGCCCUAGAAGUUGUUUCCGGUUGUGAGUCAAAGAACAAGGAUACUCAGUAGCUGCUCCUUUUUUGAUAGCAUUUUCCAAGCCGCAUCCGUCAAAAAUAUUAUUCCAGAUCCAGAUAUAUCUAUCGGCAUUGAUGCUACUCCAUGCCAAAGCUUUUCGCUGCAGGAACAAAACCAAGAAUUGGUUCUGAUGAUAGAGGCAAUGCUAUAUUAGGUUUAAUGCAAAACUUGUUUGUUGAAGGAUUGGGUCCACAAUGGAUAAGGCUUGCACCACCGAUGCUCCCAGUGUUAGAUGGAGAACUUAUAUGGCUCAAUCCUGACAGCAAUCACGAGCUUUUGUGGGAUUAUGGCAUGUGUGCUGACACCAGUCGAGGGGCUGCAGUGAGAGAUUUGAUUGCUAAAGCAUUAAAAGGCCCACUUGCACCUGCCCAACAAGAGCAAUUUGUGUUAGAACUUGCAAAGGAUGCGAAACUCGUCUAUCAUUGUGGACUUACUCCUUCAAAGCUACCGGAUCUUGUUGAGCACAACCCACUUAUAGUUGUUGAAGUUCUUUCAAAGUUGAUGAAUUCUCCUGAAAUUUCAAAGUAUUUCACUGUUCUUGUGAAUAUGGAAAUGAGUCUACACUCAAUGGAAGUAGUCAACAGACUGACAACUGCAGUUAAUCUACCAACUGAGUUUGUACACAUGUACAUCACUAACUAUAUAGCAUCUUGUGAAAACAUAAAAGGACAAGUGCAUGCAAAAUAGACUGGUGAGGUUGGGUUGUGUCUUUCUACAAAGUCUUAUCGGAAACAAGAUAAUCAACGUUCGUGAUCUCUUCAUAGAAGUCCAGGCCUUCUGCAUUGAGUUCUCGCGCACCAGGGAGGCUGCUGGCCUGUUCAGACUUCUCAAGACUUUAGAGUGAUCAUACAAAUUCAAAUGUUGCUUUCUCCCCAUUUUGUACAUCCUGCCCAACACAUUCUUGCCGAGUGUUUUGUGUUUUCUUCUUUCGUUCAUGGACUUUUAGGAUCAUUGUGCGAUAGACUUUUGUAUCAUGCUGUUGGUCCAUAAGCUUCUUGAAUUUGGAGAGUACAACUUAAGCGAUGUCACACACCAUGUUGGAAAAAGAAGUCAUGUUUCAUGCAUUCUGUA